UAAACCUUUAUCACGUGUACUUGUGUACAUGUGCGUGUAUUGCUCGACUAUAAGUGUAAUAGUCGUGUCUGUGUUGAGCGAGUUUAACAAAAUGACAACGAAAAUUAAUUUAACAACUCCAAAUGGCAUAGAACUGGAGUAUUACUUUGCAAAGGGAUUAUAUUUCAGAGCCUCAACGUUAGAGCACCUGACCGUUGGUGACCUGUCCAAACAAAUUGAAAACGUACAAAACCUUCCGAUUCGUGAUGACGACGUCUACCUUGUUACGUUUCCAAAGUCAGGAACUCACUGGCUUUGGGAAAUCGUCUGCAUGUUACGAAAGGGCAAAUCCGAGUACGAAAAGGACGUAAAGGAAGUGGCAUUCCUUGACUUCCAGUCAACAGAACAAAUCGAGGCACUUCCGUCUCCUCGUGUCAUCAACUGCCAUUAUCCCGUUCAUCUUACUCCGCGGGAGGUAUUCACGAAAGGCAUCAAAAUCAUCCACGUACAAAGGAAUCCAAAGGAUAUCGCCGUUUCGUACUUCAAUCAUAUUUUCAAUUUUGGCAAAAAGCCUCCACCACUGAAAUCGUUCAGCGACUACCUGCCGUUAAUGCUCGGGUCGUACGGCAUAGAUUCAUUUUACCCUUGGUGCAAAUAUGUCAAGGAGUGGGAAACGUUUUCCAGAAAACAUCCUGAUCAAAUUCUUAACCUGUACUUUGAAGACGUAAAAGAGAACCCAAUUCGGGAGAUUCGCAGAGUCAACGGGUUUCUUGGAACAAAGUGCAGCGACGAGCUUAUUGCCGAUAUAUCUGAGGCUUGCGAGUUUGAAAAUCUGAAGAAAGCGGACGCUGAAGUGAAAGACAAAACGACGUUUUCCAAGCAUGAAGGACCUUCCCCAAUGUAUCGUAAAGGCGAAGUUGGCGAUUGGAAGAACUGGUUCACAGUGGGUGAGAGCGAGCAGAUGGACCGAUGGCUCAGUGGCAAUUUAACAGACACCAACUUGAAGUUCAGAUAUGAAAUAUAACGAUGAACUUGAUUUGCAAUGGAUUGAGCCUCGUGUAAUAUUAUUGCUUUGGCGCAGCAUCGGAAAGUUAAUGGACAAUAGAGUCCAUGUAUUUCUUGCUUGGAUGAUCAUUUAAUUAUGAUUGAAGUUACUUUGAAAAUAUUUAUUAACAAACAUUUGUUUUCGCAUAUAUACGCGAUUGACGCAUUUAAAUUUGUAAAGAGUUAUUUUUCCGGUAUUUUAAAAAACAUAUAUUGAAUUACCUUAGGCAUGGAAAAGAUAAAUAUCAAACGUUAUCUACGUAUACGUGCGGUACAAGUUUCGAAGUGUAGAUAAAACCAGAUAUUAGAUAAAAUUGAAUACAUUAUUCUGUGUUAUUAAAUGAAGUAAAUCUGUAUCGAUGGCUUCGUGUAGGCACAUGAGUAGGGAUUUACGCUAAUUGUUAAUAUCUUUAUGAACUAUUGUGUGUAUUUUAUUUUUCGGUGUUUUUGAAGGUUAAGAAGCCAUCUUUCGGCGGAUCAAAGACAAUAAACGCAAUUAAAUGAUGACGAUGUGCUGGCCAACACCUUAUUGAAAUAAUCCCUGUGCCUUAAUUACCGAACAAACAUAUGUAUGUGUAAUUGUUAGGUUAUUUUUAAUUACACUUACUAGCAAAUAGCUUAAGUGUGUAUAAAUUUAAUGUUGUUAAAUUCAUCGACAUAUUAAAGAAUAAACAUUUUA